AUGGCAGCGCCAGUCCUACGACCGUUAAAAAUUGCUAUUGAUGACGUCAAUGAUAGUCCACAAAACGCACCUAUUUCUCCUGUCGCGGCCAUGGAAGAUCUAUCUCUAUCACCAACACUGCAGCACGACGACGAUAUAGCGGACUACGAUUUGGCGUCUGCAUCAAAGCUGAUCCCGCUUUCCAUGACCGACUCAGCUAGUGGAGAACGACCGCUACCAUCGCUGCAAUUACCGCUUAUGUUUCGAGAUCUUCCAUUUGUUGGGCUAUUCGGGCUGCAUCUCAUUCUGACCGUACUCGCCACUGGCAACAUUCGCGCAGACGAUGAGCGCAAGGAGGAACGCCGUGACAUAGUGAGUGGCCUGCGAGACACCGACAAAAAUUUGAACUUGGAGGAUGAUGCCGAUAUCGGAGUGGCGUUGCGUUCGCUAUGUGUUGUCAAUGUGCUGUUUGCUCUGGGCUGGUUGCUGCUAUUUAUUUUUUACUCCAAGCUUCGCUUCGUGCAGGGCUCAUGCAUUUUUUCAGUGGUUGGACUCACAGCCUUAUCAGUCAUGUUGUUUCUUGUCGAUUCUUCUUUUGCUAUGUUUUGGGGCAUCAUUUGCGCGGGUGUCGUGGUCUUGGACUUGGUGUGGUACAUACGCUCAAACGGCUUGGACUUUGUAGCAGUUUUUUUCGAGCUGGUCGUUGAGGUUCUGACGACUCACCCAGCACUCGGAUAUGCAACAAUUGCUGUAUUGGUGACUUACACCGUAUGGAGUAGCUGGAUUUGUACGACGAUUGGAUACGUCGGACAAGACGUGCCGCCGUGGAGUCUGUCGAUGUUUUACCUAAUAUUUCACGUUUACUGGAUGUCAAACAUAUUUAAAAACAUCAUUACAAUUGUGGUCUCUGGCACGACUAUGAUUUGGUAUUGCUGCAACGAAUCAACCGACUCGGACAACGGUUUUUCACAAGUCGAUGAGAAUGAACAGGCACCGCAAGACCCAAGUACGAAGAACCUUGACCGAAAGGUGGUGCUACACUACGUGCGCUGCGCCAUUUCGAGUUCGUUUGGCUCUAUUUGUAUUGGUUCGCUGCUGUGUCCAAUAGCACAUCUCCUUUGGACUGCUCUGCGCUGGGCUCGACGGGACGAGUCGGCACUUUUGCGGCGAUUUAUAUCGCUUCGCUCUGAGCGAGUGGAGCACUUUAUCCGCACGUACCAUAAGUUCUCCUUUGUUCACAUUGCAGCCUACAAUAAGCCAUAUUACGUUGCUGCACAUGAUGCGUGGGAGCUUAUUGAGCAACAUGGUGUCGAGGCAAUUGUGGACGACGAUUUAACGAGUCGGAUUUUGCUACUUGGUGGUAAUGGCUGGGCGGGUAUCAUGAGUGCAUUGGUGGCAUCGGCUUUGGCUGGUGCCUCGUCGCACGCAAUUUUUUUCACGCUAGCAGCAUUUACGCUGUGUUAUACGACCAUGUCUUUGGCCACUCAAGCUAUUGCAGCCGUCAUUAAGACUUUAUUUGUAUGCUUUGCUGAGAAUCCAGGUCGAUUGAGCCAACUUCAACCAUUAAUAUACCAUCGCUUUGUUCGACUUGCAGAAUUAAAAAGUUUUCGAGACCACAAGGUACCUUCCACUAUGCGUGCGUAA